AUGAGAGGGGACUCACCAGCCCUAGGUGUUGUUUUGAAAAGGCACCAAGCCAGGCCUCUGUUCUUGAUGUCUCUAGUGUUGCAGCUCAUCCAUAUGGGAAACAGCUACCAGAGAGAACCAGAGAGUGCCAGAGAAGUCAGCAAUAUCCUGUCUCCAAAGAUCCCAGGAACGACUCUGGACCGGACCUUGAGUGAUUCCAGCAGAAUGAAUGGCAGCCAGGAGGGGUGGCGCCCACGGGACUCCCCUCCCCACUCCCUUACUUUUGGCGAGAGUGCGAUCCCUGGAUCCCGCUGCUGCCACAACGGAGGCACCUGCGUUCUGGGCAGCUUUUGCGUGUGCCCUGCACACUUCACUGGCCGCUACUGCGAGCACGACCAGAGGCGCAGAGACUGUGGCGCUCUGGGGCAUGGAGCUUGGACCCUCCACAGCUGCCGCCUAUGCAGGUGCAUCUUCUCAACCCUGUACUGUCUCCCACGCCAAACGUUCGGCCACUGUGACCUGAAAGGCUUCCUCUCGUCAGGGACCAGAGGGGCGAGUACAAGCGGUGCCGUGAGUCUUCUGCUGCUCGGCCUCCUCCUGCAGGGCGUGGCUGGUGACGGCUGA